GAAGUCAAUCUCAGCCGAGGUUGUUGGGAAUCCAUACAAUCCUGGAGAUCUCGAUAGAUAGGGUUGGUCCUGGCAAGGAUGCACAGCCGAACGAUAUCCCGAAGGAGCAAUUUGAUUUCAUCCAUAUACGAUACAAGAGCACCGGGGUGACGGAUAGCCCGCGAAUGUUCCGUUUGGCAUAUGAACAAACAAAACCCGGAGGCUGGAUCGAAGUCGUUGAGAAUCCUCCCUCGUCUUAUACGACCUGUUCACCCCUGGAUGAUGGCACACAAUGGAAAGGAGGGGCGGUCCCAACCAGCUGGGCCGUCAAAGAUUUUACAACAUCUAAGAUGGCGUUCUGGAUCAAACAGCAACUGAUAGAGGCUGGGUUUGUUGAAGUGGAGGAGAAAGUAUGGAGGGCACCAACUGGCCCUUGGCAGAAGAUUGUUGGAAUCGGGAGGUUAAUCUACUCUCUUCUUAGCUUGAGUUGGAGCAAUAGUAGGGUCAGUGAGAUGGUAAAUCCAGGGGAGACAUACUCAGUCUCUCGUGGGCCAACUGUAUUCGUUAUCGCGAGGAAACCCUGAAUUAGCGAUCGGAAGUGUUGGUUGUUUUUUGAUGGUUAGAGGGAAGGGAAAAAAGUAUUGAAUUCGGGAAUGUUCAAGAGGGAUCCAGUUACCUAUUGUUUUCUCCUUCUCUCUUUUCUUUUUAUUUACUAUCGCACGGUAUUAGCUUUUUGCAGGAUUCGGAAGCUCAACUUCCUCCCUAUUAUUUAAUGAAAUGUUACGAAAUAACGUUUAGCGAAUGUUUACGAUCUCUAUUCAGCAUUUCUUGGGGUCCUCUCUGUUCAUCCUCUUAUUGCCAAAAUUAAAAUAAAUAUAUAUCUAAAUAUAUUUUCAAAACCCGUCCUUCCCUGCUCCCUUCUAUUUAUUUCCUUUCUCACAUCUGUCUACGGUAACGGUACAGUACCACCUGCAAUGUGCCGUCUAGAAAGUCCAGUCAGGAGACCGCCGGGAGCCCGGGCCCGGGGGAUAGCCUCAAAGGAAAGAAAGAGCAAAAAGGAAAAGAAAAAGAAAGGAUCCCAGAAACAUUUUCUUCAAACCGGCGAAAGCCGGAUGUGGUGGGCUAGGUUUCUCUUCUUGCGCUGCGGGGCAAUAUGGUAGUCUAUUGAAGACCUUUCCCCCAACUUUUCCUACACUACACACCACAUCGAGAAUUUGGAAAACGCGGCUCCACCUUUGUCUCAGGUCUUUUCCAUCUACGAUAUCGGUACUUUAUCUUAGGAUGCGGUCGAACGAAGACUGGAAAAUCGCCGUCAAGGCAAAGAUAGAUGAAGUCUUGGCCAAUGCAACAGCCGCAGAAUACCCUCCGCCAGCGUCUCUACCGGCCACUAUUGAUCACACACUAUUGAAGCCCGAUGCAACCCCAGCCCAAAUCAAUACAUUGUGCGAUGAAGCCAUCAAAUAUGGGUUCAAAUCGUGUUGUGUUAAUGGAUCCUAUAUCCCUCAGGUUGCCGAAAGGCUACAAGGGACUCGGGCAAUUCCGUGCGUAGUAGUGGGCUUCCCGCUGGGUGCGAUGAAGCCAAGCGCCAAAGCAUUUGAAGCGCAGGAAGCCGUACGAGAUGGUGCGAAGGAAGUGGACAUGGUUCUACAUAUUGGUCACUUGAAAUCCCAAGACUACGUCUGUCUGCACGCAGAUGUAGAAGCCGUCGUUAGAGCGUGUUCACCGAUCCCCGUUAAGGUUAUCCUCGAGACAGUAUUUCUCACCGAUGAAGAGAAGAUCGCCGCUUCGUUUGUCGCCGCUGAGGCCGGCGCCGCGUUUGUCAAGACAUGCACUGGAUUCGCCGGGGGUGCGGCCUCGCCAGGAGAUGUUGCUCUCAUGAAGAGGACUGUUUCAUACAAAGAUGGGGCUGUACGAGUUAAGGCGUCUGCUGGAGUCCGGACCUACGAGAAGUGCCUUGAAGUUAUCAAGGCUGGUGCUGAUAGGGUUGGAACGUCCUCCGGAGUAGCUAUAAUGAAGAAAUCCGAUCUGGUGCCAGGAUCUCACUAGGGGUUUCCCGAUUCCUUAUAGGGAUCAAUUGAUCCUUACUUCUGGCACCCUGUGUAAACCAAAUGGUAAUAUAAGAUAUGAUGGAUCGCAACUGUGGCGGAGUGAAGGUACUGUAUCAGGGGGAAGGUACCACCUGAUGGGCUGAGAGUGAUUCCUGAUAUAUGAGUAGGGGAACCGGGAGCAAAUAAAUAGCGUGUU